UCGGGUUUGCUAGGAAGGAUGAGGAAGACUAAGAAGGGGGCAGUAAGAAGGAAAACCCUGACAGUGUAGAAAGUCAGGCGGGGUAAGCAUCAGUUGCAAAGGUAGAAUACAAUAAGAGAGCUCGCAGGAAGUGGACCGUCUCAAAGGGGGAUGCUGUGAGGUCACCUUACAAGUCAGAAUGGAAGACCAGGACAGACUAAGCCAAGCCUCCAGUGUGGCCACCAUCUCAUACUUCCCUGUCAGAAGGGAAAGCGAUGGCAAGUUGCAUGCAUUUGGCAAAAGAUGCCAGUCAGCCAAGAGGGACCCCAACUGUCCUGUAGUCAUCAGAGGAUGGCUCAGCAAAAAAGACAGCACUGGUUUGAAAUUAUGGAAGAGAAGAUGGUUUGUGCUUUCCAACUAUUGUUUGUUCUACUACAAAGACAGCAGAGAAGAAUUGGUGCUAGGCAGCAUUCCACUGCCUAGCUACAAAAUCUUAUUCUGCACACCUCGAGAAUGCAAGAACAGAAAGUUCACCUUCAAGGUGGUCCACCAGGGGAUGCGUUCUUAUUACUUCAGCGCAGACACUCAAGAGGAUAUGCUGGGUUGGGUCCGAGCUCUCAGUCAAUCUGCUUCAAUGGAGACAGAUAGUUCUAUGCACAGGCGCUGCUCAAGCUACCAAGAUUUUACUCAGAUAGGCGGCAGCAGUGAAUCUGUGGACCUCCCAAAUUCACCCUCGGAAGGGGAGACAUGUCCAAAACUGAGACACGUCAGCAGAACUUUAAGUGAACCAAGUCAUUUGAGUGGAGGAAGAAUUGUGACGUCAAACGCCGAGCAGAGAGGCAGGAGGGCUGCUCGUCAAAGAAACGCAAGUCCUUCAGCUCGAACGCCGAGCCCUUGGGGUCCAAACCGUGAAGGAGGUUCUCUCCCCAUCAUAAUAUCACCAACACAUGCGGAAACUGUCGGCUCUUUGACCUCCAGAGGUCAACUGGCAUCUCGACCUCACACACCGGUGGGAAGGGUUGACAUUCGACCCCAUGAGGACACGGUCACAAUGUCGAACACGUUGUAUUACACACCUGUCUCCCCUAAGAUCGAGUUCAAAUCCACUCCCACCACUCCAGUUACAGAAAGAUGGCAGAAUGUCAACAAGCCCUCACCAAUAUAUGGAUCUGUGCAUCAUGGCCCAACUGGAAGAAGACCGUUAGGAAAGAGCUACUCUACAGACGUCCACAAAGACUUGCCCCCUUUGCCCCCCUCAUCCAGGGUUGCACAUGGGCACCACUCCCAGCACCACCCACAACGCAGCAAUUUAUCUUCUCCAAAAUCUGAGCCACCUCCAAUCAGACCACUGGAAAGUGAUGCCGAUGCUGUGUUGACAAAGUUGUGUGGGUGCGACAAGCUUCUGCAGUCUUUGUCCGUAGAACUGUCACAAUUACAAAUAGACAAGGAUAGUGUCCAGUGUGCAUUGGAGGUGUUGAGGCUGCAGCUAGAGGACUGGAGCAAUCUUGGACCCCGUGCUCAGGAGGAAGCUCUGACCCAGAAGGCUUUACUACAGGAAGAACUGGUCACAAUCCGGGCCAGAAUGUGCGAUUUGUCAAUGGAAAUGGAGGUUGUGUGGGGUCAGUAUGAGAGAAUGGAAAGUGAACUUUCUGUUUUUCGUUCACACCUGCAGCACAUUUGCAACUUUGGGAUGCCGCAGGAACAGUCUCAAGCCCAGAGAGAAUUAUGGAUGAUGGAGGACAUCCUUGCAGGGUUAAAAGUGAACAGGGAUCAUUUCUGCUUCCUACUGGGAUUACAGAAACACUAUAUGUAUGAGUCGUCAGGCCCACAUCCGGGAUCUCCUGGUUCCCCCCCAGAGAUUCUUCACAGUCUGCCAAUGCAGAAUGUGGAACAAGAGUCACCACCUGUCCGCCCCCCCUUACCCAAGGAGCUACUGGAAAGCAUUCAGAGUACGAACGAGGACAAUGGCUGGACAGGAUCACAAUAUGAGUGGAACUACCCGGCUGAUCAUACCCACGGAAGAAACAAAAGUCAACCUGCCCUUUUGAAUGUGAAAGCACAAAAUCAUGGAUCUGCAUAUCGGUCAAGCACUAAGGGGAUCACAGCAGAUACAACAUCACAAUCAACCAAGAAGAUGAAGAUGAGUGAGGAGGAGCAGAUGGAGAGGAUGAAGAGGAACCAGGAGAGGAUGACUAAUAGAAAGAAACCGCCUUUACCAUCUCCAGCUGCCAAGACCCAGAGUCAAAGUUUAGAAAUGCAAAAAGAGGCUCCCUUUCCUUUAAGGGUGACACGGGUGGUCACCGCCGUACUGCCAACUUCCCUUGUGGCCCGGCGGGUUUCCGUGGAGGAUCCCCCAGCCGAGAUGGACGCCCCGCUACCUGAACGGGUCAUGUCAGAUCUACACGGACGAGUGUCUCAACCCAGUAAAAAAUCAAGGCCUACCAGGCCGACUCAAGCCUCAGCAGACGUAAGCAGCGAGGCUCCUGCAAAGACAUCAAGAACUGAUGUUUGGGAGCCAUCAGCAGGACUAGAAGAUGAACGCAGCUCUGAUAUCAAGGUGGUUGAACAACCCUCGUCCCUGUUGAUCGCUGACAUGGACCCCAACAUCUGUAUGACCCCUGAGCAACGUGAGGCCAAACUCAGGCGUGUUGAAAAAAUACGUCAGCGAGUCAUUCAAAGUGCCAUUACACCAGUCAAGCAAGAUGCACAUCUCAAUGACACAUCAGUCAAGCAAAGAGCGACAUUAGACCAUGAACCUAGCACCCAAGCAAAGUCCUUCAGAACGUCUCUGAGUUACAGUCCUCCAGAUUCUCUGAUUCCUGUUGCAAUAUCUCAAGUGGGAAAUAAACAAAAUCAACGUGUUGACGAUGUCAAGAGUCCCAUAAGAUUUGGGAGCAAAACACAGCACAAAAGUUACAGUCGCAGAGCAGGUGUUGCCACUAAAAUCAAACGUCCACCAUCGCCACAUCACAUUACGUCUAUGACAGUCUAUCAGAGAAAUGGAGAUGAGGGCUUUCUUGGCAGCAAGGAAGGGGACAAGCAAGAGCUUAAUGAGUUUGAUGGUAAAGAAGACAACGACGGGAAUACUUCCGAUGUGAGAUCUAAGUGGUUCCUCUCCACCAACCAGCGUCUGGAAUUCCUGCCUUUGCACAUUCCUGAAAUUGACAUAUGCAACGAGGAAGCAUCAGGCAAGGAGGACCCCCCGAAUUGCUCUGAUGAGGGGAGCAACUCCACACAGAUGUCAUCCACAGUCAGUCAGAGUUUAGAGAAAAUGAAAGAAAACCACUCGCUGUUCUAUAAAAUCGCUUGCGACAUCAGCAUCUCAGACACGGAUAUAAACAAGAACGAUGGUAAUUCCGGAGAAGAGCUUGUCAUCAACGAAGGUGUGAUCAGAAGCUCAUCUGAUCAGACCAGCACGGACUCCACUCAAAAGUUGCCGUCAGAUACAGAUACAGACAAAAUGAUAGCUGACACAGUGGAUGCACUCCGCUUGUACAUUCAAGAAAACCAACAUGAAGCUCCAGCUCGAGAUGUGGCUUUGGAAUGUGAUCAAGUAGAGAAUGGUAGGACCGAAGAGUCUGAGGAAAGGCGUUUGGACCAAGAUAAAUUGAAAGACAGGACAGAGGACCAGGAAAACAUGAAGACUUCAUCCAGUUCCUUACAAAAUGACAAGAGUGUCAGUCGGAGGGACUCCUUCCAAAAGACUAAAGUGACAGUUUUCAGGACCAGUUUGUAAAAGGAACCAUUAUUUGGCGGACUGCUCUGCACCUGGCUGGGUGUACCGGCAUAGUGAGGUUGUCGCAUUGGAGAUAAAACCGUGCAAAUGUCAUCAUUUGGACACUGAAAGCCAAUCUGAACUUGUGCCUCUUCUGAUGCCGUCUAACAAUUGGCACGGAUCAAACACGGUUUGUUGAUUUUGUUUGCAUCCGCAGUCAUGUGUGGUGUAUUUCAUUCAUAAAUCAUUGGAUUGCGUGAAUUGAACCCUUGGAAAGACUGUCAAAAUCAACUGACUAAACACCUUAAUGUUGUCAUUAUUAUUAUUAUUAUUUUAACUAUUAAGACUGAAAAACAUGAAACACCUCCUCGUCCAAAAGGUCCACCACAGACAAUUGACACUACACAAGAAUGAACAUGUUAUUGGACUAAAUUUUUAACAAUAGAUUUCAAAAGUUAGGCCAGAAUUGUUUUAGCAAUUCUGUGAUGGCCAAUACUAAGUCACUGACAAAUUAGCUUUGAGAGAUGUGAAUUUAAUUUGUUCUGUGAGCAUGCUCUUAACUCAAAGUAUUUGCAUCUGAAAUACCGUAAUUUUACACUAUAAGGCGCACCUGGCUUUAAGCCGCCACCCAUAAAAUUUGGCACGAAAACAACAUUUGUUCAUAGAUGAGCCGCACUGGACCAUAAACCACAGCUUUCCUCAGUGUAUUAUGGGAUAUCUACACCAACAGGUAUUAACAGGUAACAAUUUAUUUGACAGCGGCAUCAUACGACAGUCAUAAGACCAAAUGAACCACAAUGAAGCUUUGAACCAAUUGGCUGCAAAGCUUCAUUGCUUCAAGAAAAUUCAUUUGGCCAUCACUGCUCCUUGUGGGACCUGCUGCUACCUUCUGUCAACACUGCUGUUAUCCAACAUGCCUCCUAGCAUGCAUUGCAGCGCUACAGAUCUAAAUAACAAUCAAAAUUAACUAGUUAUUUCUUCAGACUGUCAUUGGACAAUCAUAAUUAUAACAUGACACUGUCCUGAGCAUUAUUAAAUGCCUAAAACAGAUGUCAUUUAGUGUAUAUAAUUUCACUUUUUAAUAGGGCUGUCAAAAUUAUCGCGUUAACGGGCGGUAAUUAGUUUUUUUAAUUAACCACGUUAAAAUAUUUGACACAUUUAACGCACAUGCCCGGCUCAAACAGAUUAAAAUGACAGCACAGUGUAACGUUCACUUGUUACUUGUGUUUUUUUGUGUUUUGUCGCCCUUUGCUGGCGCUUGGGUGCGACUGAUUUUAUGGGUUUCAGCACCACAUGAGCAUUGUGUAAUUAUCGACAUCAACAAUGGCGAGCUACUAGUUUAUUUUUUGAUUGAAAAUUUUACAAAUUUAAUUAAAACGAAAACAUUAAGAGGGGUUUUAAUAUAAAAUUUCUAUAACUUGUACUAACAUUUAUCUUUUAAGAACUACUAGUCUUUCUAUCCAUGGAUUUCUUUAACAGAAUGUUAAUAAUGUUAAUGCCAUCUUGUUGAUUUAUUUUUAUAAUAAACAAAUACAGUACUUAUGUAGCGUAUGUUGAAUGUAUAUAUCCGUCUUGUGUCUUAGCUUUCCAUUCCAACAAUAAUUUACAGAAAAACAUGGCAUAUUUCAUAGAUGGUUUGAAUUGCGAUUAAUUAAUUCUUAAGUUGUAAUUAACUCGAUUAAAAAUUUUAAUUGUUCGACAGCCCUACUUUUAAAUGGAUGUAAAAGAUCCAAACUGAUCAUAAAUGGAGUUGGAGUGACAUAAUUAUCCAGAUGACAUACUUAAUGACAUAAGCAUUCAGCAAUGCCAAUGAUAGUGUCAUGUCAUAAUCAUGGCGGUCUUAUGAUAGUCUUUUGAUGCCGCUGUCAAAUAAAGUGUUACCUAUUAACCCAAAUAAAUCAACAAAUAAGCCACACUGGACUAUAAACCGUAGGAUUCAAAAUGAAGGGAGAAAGCAGCAGCUUAUAGUGAAAAUUCCGGUAAUUUUGCCUAAUUUUUCCCCUUUUCAUGUUUUUGUCUUUUUAAUAAAGAAAAGACCGUUCUAAUAUCUUCACUUGGAACAAAAGUAUAGUAAUAACCUCAUGUACAUCAUGGUUAAUUCAUUGCAACUCUCGGUGUGCGUGACUUGGCCACCAGGCAGUAUAAUACAGUCAUGAAUACACAAACGAAAAAGACUUUCACAACUACUGUAAGAUGCCCAGUAAACUGCAAUAAUGAUAGUUUAAUUUCAAUGAAGGAUGAAGAAAAUGUUUAUAUCUGUCUAAAUGUGCAGAUGCAUUCAUUGGAACAGGAGGUUUUUUUUUCCCAAGAGUAAAAAGACAUGUUUCUUUUUUAUACAUGCAAAUUGUUCUGUCACACAAUCACAAAUAGGAUAACACUUGUAAU